UUUAAUGCAUAAACAUACAUACGAUUCCACAGUAUAUAAUGCAGAUGAUCGAGAUAAAGUUCUGGUUUAAUUAGGGUUACAGGUUAAAUAGUUGAUUGAUCCCUAAAAUUCCAAAUACAAAUCCUCCGUUAAAGUCCUUCAUAAUCAUGGCUAACAGUGUGCAGUUCUUGAUAGGAGACCAGAAUAACUACCGGACAACUUUUAUGGUGGAACUUCACAAUAAUUUGGCACCCAUGGUGCAGAUUUUCUUAAAUUUAUGGGGACAACAUGAGUACAUAGGCCCUAGACUGAAAGCCAUGCCCUCAGGAGGGGUGAGGUUCAAUGUCAACAACCCGAAUCAACUCCGUUUAGAUAUCAAUCUCAACAACUAUGUAGACGACUCUUUAUUCAAUCAAGGAGCUCUCUUCAUGGCAAAUGAUGGGUCCUUCAUCAUCAGCCACUCCUCGGACGAGGCUUCAACUUUGAGGGCUCAAUGUGUGACGUUUGGGCAUGUGGUUGGCGACUAUUAUAAUCUCCGCAAUAUGAUGCAGAAUGGCUAUGUAAAUGUUGUUGAGUGCACCAUACUUUGAGUAGCUCUGUAUUAGUAUAAAACGUACGCAACCAAGGGUGUUAAGAUGUGAUCACUCUAAAAUGGACGAUGCCCAUGAUGAGAGUUUACUAUGUAAAAUAUCAAAAUAUAAGUUAAAUAAAAGCAUGUGUAUGGUGUGGGUGUGUGUAGAUGGUAUUAUUAUAUGUAUAUAUCUAAUUCAAGUAUG